UUUCUUCCUCUAUCUAUAUUUCUAAUCUCAUAACCUACCAUUACUAUACUACAUCCUCCGUUCAUCAAGGCCACAGCUCUAUCCCUUCCCUUCCUUUCAUCUAGCCAUGAACUAUCUGCUCCCGUUAUGGCUGCGUCAAUACCUAAUGCAGCGACAGAAACGAGAGAUACCCGAGGACGUCGCUGACCAACUCUUGGCUAUGUCUGCCCAAGCACUCACCCAGCGAGACCCAAUAACACUCGCCCAGCCAAGGACCCGCUCCAUCCAACAGUCCUUCGGCACUAUCCUCCAAAAGUCCUCCUCCUCCACCGCCGCCACAUCCGUAUCGUCCUCCCCGUCCUCGACGACCACACGAACAAAGUUCCCGUUCUCGUCAACGACCACUGCGUUCAAGAACCUGAGCCCCCAGGACCUGGCUCCGCUCAGUAGUCAAGAGAUCGUCCGUCUGACCAUCUAUGUCAUGAAACGGACUCGUCUCGGUUUCGCGGAUCCCCUCACCAGCGAACGCGUCCACACUGAAGGCGAAAAGCAACCCUCUACUUCUACACCGCCAAGAUCAGGAAAUGACGGUAGAGGAGGAGGAGAAGGAGAAGGGGGAGGUUCGACAGCGGCACAGGUGUACUUGACAAAGGACUUUCACAUCGGAAACAGCGUCCUCCACAACCGUCGCCACCCCACCACCCCGGCCACACAUUCUCUCCUCGCCCUCGCCACCUUCUGCGCCCGCGCUUCCGGAUCGAGAGCAAAAGUCUCCUCGACUCCCAACUCUGAGGCCGCGAUGGCGUCUAUGGUGGGCGCGAAAUGGCUCGCGAAACUGGGAGAGGUCAUGUUUGGAGGGCCCUGUGCUCAUGCGGGACAUGCACAUCAUCGACGGACCCGUGCUAGCCUCGACUUGGUGGAGCGACAGAGUGCAGAACUUGGGCGGUCGAUCUCGCCCCACGACGACGACGCUCCGUCAUCCAAUUUUGCUCCGGCUCCGGCUUCGUCUUCACCUUCGCCUUCGAAGAGACAAUCGACGGGCUCCGCGUCGCCUGUGACACCAAGAACAGGAUCUAGGACCGAUAAAUGGUGCAGGCACUGCUCAAGAGCCAUGGCCUGCCUUGUCAUUGCCUCCCUAGAAGAAUCGCCCGCAGGAGCUAAGCCCGAGGAGGUGGCUGCAUUCGAAGAUUCGGGGUUCGGCAUGGCGUCCGCAGGACCUAGGAGCGUCAAUGUCCCAGGUCCAGAUUCGCCGCCCUCGUCUUCGUCUUCGUCUUUGACCACUAACCGGAACAGCACCAUUGGCAACAGCGAGCAACACGAUGGGAACGACCCUCACCCGAGACUCAAACAUAAGGAGGGCAAGGCGAACCACGAUCCUCAGGCAUGGAAGCGUUCAUCGUCGCCAUCUACUGCCUUCGACAGGUCGCAUGAGCAUGAUGAUGAUGCGUAUGCGGCACCCAGCAUGCAGACAAGAAGUCCCAGAGCAUUACCUGUGAGCCCACCGAUACCGCUGCCGACUUUGUUGUCGUCGUCUCCACCCUCAAUGCCCAGCUCCGAGUUUCCGGAGACUUUGGAUUCGGCACUUGGAUCGAACUCGACGGAACCUUCGACGCCCAAACGAACCGACGGUGCUUCUUCGUCUCAAAAGAAAUUUAAUCUUCACCAGACUUUGAGUCGAUCGAAUAGCCAGCACCAGCGCCAAGAGGAGAAGGCUUUGAAUGAGAGUGAUCUGGAACUCGUGAUUCUCCCCAAAAGCGCCUCGGCGUCGGCGGCGACCUCGAUACCCACGUCCCCGGGAUCAUCAAGUGCCAGGUCAGACAUUAGUCCACAUCCUGACACCGCAACAACCCCUGGGCCUGCCUUUGCAACGGCGCCAGCGGACAAGGACGAGCGAGCUGUAGAAUCGAAGACGGAACCAGAGUCGGAUCUCGCAGAAGCUCUGACAGCAUCUUCUGCCGUCUCAAUACCUUCUUCGGGGUUGUCUCUGAAAUUGUCCGUCCCUGCAGCUUCGCUUGGAAUCCAUCCGAGUCUGGAAUCUGUCCAUGAUGCGGUUGCGUCGCAUUCGCGAAGGACCAGUGCCACGCCCUCUAGAGAAUCGAAGGAUGAAAUAGGGAUGGAAGGUGAGAAUGAAGAAAAUCCUGAUUCACUUGCGGGAGACAAGCCUAUACAAAGAUCGUUGUCCCAAUCGAGAGAGUCGUCGAUCGUGGCAUCGUCAGUCGUGUCGUCUACCUCCGUACCUGCGAGCCCACGCGUUCCAUCUCCUUCCUCAACGUCUUUGUCGUCGGUGAAGAACGACAAUGAAAAGGACGGACACGAGACCGAGACCGAGACCGAGACCGGUACUGUCGCCGGUGCCGACGGUAGCGGCGGCGAUGUCUCUGAGACGCAUCACCACAGAUCGUGUAAGCACGCAUCGACAGACACGUACGCUCGAGAGGUCGAAGAAUCCAUGCGCCGAACCCCACCCUUAGACCCUGGCCGGCCACGCACUCCCUUAUCCUCCUCUUCGGCAGCAGCAGCAGCAGCAAUAGAAACAGAGCUCAGGGAGGCGAAAACACCUGAUGGACUGCUGACCUUGCACAAUGACGAGGUCAACGAUAGCGGAAGCAAUGACGAUGCUCUUGAAGAUGGAUCCUCAGGCAACGAGCAGGACUCACCGAAAACGCUCGACCGCGGUACCGCUGCCGAAGAACCAGCAGAACUACAAGAAACCACAUUUUCCUUGACUGACGACAAGGAUACCGAUUUACGCCCACGAUCGCCUUCUUCCACAUCGACAAUUCCGGCCAAAAGCAACGUCCAGCACAAUAUCAGCAACACCAGCAUCAGCACCCGCGACGACAGCGACGGCCACCAUUACCACCCCUCCAUGGCACAGGUCGAUCAAGACCUCGAGAACGAGCACGAUCAAGAAGACAACGACGAGGACGACGAUGAUAGUGAUGAUGACGAAAGAUACAGCGAUGCCUCCUCAAGCCCAUUCACAUCCUCCACAAACCUCCUGUUCGACUCUGCCACCGCCUCCGACUCCAGCUGCCUGACCUCGCCCAUCUCCCCGACCACCCUCACCUCGGACCCCAAGCCCCUUGACGAACACCAGCAACGAAAACUCGAGAAGCGCCUGCGCAGGCGUCGCCAGCGGCUCGUCGAUGACGCGAAACGCAAACAAGAGCAAUUGGACAAGAUCACGGCACAACUCGAGCACAGGACACUGGGUAAGAUUCGUGAGCAGGUCUCCUUCUGGGAGGCCAAGGGCGUUCUCGAACAGAAGGUCGUUCCUGUUGUUGAAGUUGGGGAGGACGACGACGACAACAACGGCAAAUGA